AGUUGAAACUUGACUGAUUCGUUUUUUAAAAAAGUUUACAGGGGCGUGGCGUGCAUUGGUCCAGGGUGAUGACUUUCUGAAUUCACUCAUGCAUGGUCACACAAUGUGACAGUCGCGAUGGCUGGGAACCGGAGGGAGCUGCGCUUCGCGGACACCCAUCUCCAAGUUAAAUUCGUCUCGAAAAGCUAACUUUUCUUGCGCAAGUUUGGCGGCGAAUCCACGUGUAAAGAAGUUUGUGCAUGAUUAUCUUGGCCUGGCUGCGUUUAAAAGAGUUUGGUGUCAUAUAUAUUCUGAACCCUAGUCGAUGGAUUUAUUACCCUCAAUACAAAAACAUUUGAACUGUACUUUCUCCCUAGGCUAGAAAUCUUGAAGCAUGGGUGACUGGAGCUUUCUGGGGCGUCUGUUGGAGAAUGCACAGGAACACUCGACAGUAAUCGGCAAGGUCUGGCUGACUGUCCUCUUCAUCUUCAGGAUCCUGGUGCUGGGAGCGGCAGCCGAGGAUGUGUGGGGCGAUGAGCAGUCUGACUUCACCUGCAACACACAGCAGCCUGGCUGUGAGAACGUCUGCUAUGAUGAGGCUUUCCCCAUCUCACACAUUCGCUUCUGGGUGCUGCAGAUCAUCUUUGUGUCCACGCCAACACUCAUCUACCUGGGUCACGUACUGCACAUCGUCCGCAUGGAGGAGAAGCGGAAAGAGAAGGAGGAGGAGCUGCGAAAGGCCAUCAGACUCCAGGAGGAGAAAGAACUCCUUUACAACGGCGAAGGGGAUGCAGGUGGAGGAAGAGGAGGACGACGAGGAGGUGGUAAAAAGGAGAAGCCACCUAUCAGGGAUGAGCAUGGGAAGAUUCGCAUUAGGGGUGCCCUGCUGCGCACCUAUGUGUUCAACAUCAUAUUCAAGACCCUGUUUGAAGUGGGGUUCAUUUUAGGUCAGUAUUUUCUCUAUGGCUUCCAGCUGAGGCCGCUAUACAAGUGUGCACGGUGGCCCUGCCCCAACACUGUGGACUGCUUCAUAUCUAGGCCCACUGAAAAGUCAAUUUUCAUCAUAUUUAUGCUUGUGGUGGCUUGCUUGUCUCUUUUGCUGAAUUUGUUAGAGAUCUAUCACCUUGGGUGGAAGAAAGUUAAACAGGGAAUGGUCACCCCUGAUCAUGCAUUGCUGCCUCGCUCUGAUGGUGUGGGGCCUGAGUCCAUGACUUCAGCCUCCAGAACUGCCCUUCCCAACCUCAGCUACCCACCGAUGUACACAGACGUGACGGCUGGGAGCGGUGCGUUCCUGCCGCCCAUGGCAGAAGCCUCCCUGGCAGAGUUCAAGAUGGACCCACUGCAGGAGGAGCCCUCAUCCUCCUACUACAUGAGCAGCAACAACAACCACAGGCUGACCACUCAGCAGAACUGGGCCAACAUGGCCACCGAGGAGCAGACUCGGGAGAUGAAGGCCACCUCCUCCUCCUCCUCUCCCUCCUCAUCCUCCUCCUCCUCUGAUAGUGAGCAGCAGCCUCGUGACGCUGCUCCCCCCACCACCACCAGCAGCCCCAGCUCCAGUGGGGGCAGUUUGAGUGGGGGAAAUGUUGAUCAGGAGGGAGGCCACGUCACCACCACAGUGGAAAUGCACGAGCCCCCCGUUAUGGUCACAGACCCUCGCCGGCUCAGCAGGGCCAGCAAGAGCAGCAGCAUCAGAGCCAGGCCCAACGACUUGGCAGUAUAGUCAGUCCCCCUAAAUAAACCUCCAACCUCCCAAAGCCCCAAUGAUUUUUCUAUAUAAAAAGUACAAUAUAUAUAUAUAUAUAUAUAUAUAUAUAUAUAUAUUUGUUUUUUUAUGGAGGCAAUGUGAGGCUGGGGGCUGGAACUGGAGUUGUUGCCUAGUAUAUAUCUAUUAACAUCAGUUGAUAUCAGUGCAAUCGGUGAGUUGUAGCAUACGUGUUAUUAUAAAAAAUGCGCACAGUCUGAUUGUGCAAUGUGGGUUAAAAUGGUCUGACAAGCUGAAGGCUUCGAUAUACUGGACAUCAGGGGACUUUAUGGUUCUAAUUCCAGUUUAAAAUGGCCAAGUAACUUUUUUGUUUGCUUUUGGUUUCAAUGGCCUGGUAUGUGUCAAUGUGCUCUUGUCAACAGUGGUUGUUGUUGUUGUGUUUAUUUGAUUAACAUAAAAACCUAUUUAUUCCAAUUAGGAAUGAUACUGUACAUUCAUCAAGUCGUUGAGUUCGGUUGGCAAAUUGCUGAGAACCAACUUCGAAUAAAAUUGUUAUGUGGAACAAGUACAGGGUGUUUUGAAACCACUUGUGUGUUUAGUAUUUUUACUCUUAUGCUGUUAUACAGUUCCUUCAAGUUGAGCCUUUCUUAAAACAAUUUACUUUAAACUAUUUUUAUGGUGUAUCAUAGAAAGUUGCUUGCAAGACAAACUAAAUCCAACAACAUGUAUGCUCUCAUUCUUUCUCUAAGAUGAAGAAUACUGUUCAAUGUCAGCGAUGACACCAAUAUGGGGAUAACAUUUACUUGUUCAUUAUUGAACUUUUAUAUUGUACUUUGACACUUCCUGAAUUUCACAAUCUAAAUAACUUUUAUUUUUAUAAUAUUCAGGAAAUAGCUAAGCUAUUUUUUGUAUUAUGUGUUUGAAGAGUAAUAGUGGAAUCUGUAAAGGCAAAACUACAACUCACUGAUUCACUAACAGGUCUGCAGGUGCAUUUAUCUGUCUUAGUUUUACCCAGGAUCCACUUACUGAACAAAUCAUUUACACACAAACUAUAACCGGAUUAUGGGUCAAAACUAGAAGUUGAAUGUGUUCUUGUAGUCCACAGCUGUUAUAAGGUUCCAUGGUUCCAGCCCCUGCUCCUACAGUUGAUUCUCGAAUGCAGAAAUUAAGCAAAUAAAGUAUUAUUUUUGCCUGAAAUUAAAAAGCAUACUGCCAUGUGCACAAUGAAAAGUUAACAUCCAAUUCUAAAGAGGUUGAAAACAAAUAUAAACCAAAUGCUUCAAUUUAAGAGGGUAAAUAUUAUUGCUGCCAUCAUAAACACAAUAUCACCUUUUAAUAAUUGCAUCUUCACGUUGAGCGAAACUCACUCUCAUAAAUCACGUGAUACUUUAUAGUUUUUUCCUAAAAGUGCUAUUUUUUUUUACAGAAUUGAAUUAUAAUUAAAUCUAAUUUCAAAACUGUAGUCAGUUUGUGACAACCAAAACAGCUAUUUGGUACAAAACUGACAAAUGCAAUGACGUUGCAAGUGCCAUAACGCCAGGAUGAAAAGUAAA